GCGGGAGUUGGCGCGAAGGUGGGGGUGCGGGCGGCAUGGAGCUGGAGGCGUCCCGCUAGCCAGACAGACCGCCGCCGGCAGCAUGGAUAUCCGGAGAUUCUUUGGGGUUGUACCUGCUGGAAAACGACAAGAAUGUGAGACUGUGAAAAAGAAUGAGAAAGUUAAAAAUGGUGAAGAGCCUUUGAGUGGGAAGAAAAGGGGGAAGGAAAGUAAGGUGAAUAAUUCACCCGAUGAAGAUGACUGGAAACCAAAGCGGAUAAACAAGAAAAAGAGAAUAAUCUAUGAUUCAGAUUCAGAAGAGGAGAUGCAGCCAGUGCAGAAAUCCAAGAAGCUACCUGAGAAAAAAGUAUCUGUUCCAAAACCUGGUAAAGCUCUAAAGAGGCAUCCUGUUGUUUAUAUUUCAGAGACAGAUGAAGAAGAUGACUUGGUCAAUAAAAGAAUUUCCCUGAAGCCCAAGGAAAAUGGGACAUCAGUGGCUGGUUGUCCAGAAACAACUGCAGUAAAAAAGGAGGAUGGCAAACCACAAGCUAAAAGCAAACCAGUAUCUCCAGUGAAAAAGACUCCCACCUCAGCACUGGAUUACUUUGGAACAAGUCGUGUCCAGCGAUCAGAUAAAAAACUGGUAGCAAGUAAAAGGAAAGAGCCUUCACAAAGCAGAGACAGCACAGUAGAUGAUGAAGCCAUUGCUAGGCAACUGCAGAUUGAAGAAGACUCAGAGUUGGAGAGACAGCUGCAUGAAGACAGAGAAUUUGCUAGAACUUUGGCCAUGUUGGAUGAAACACCCCAGAAGAAAAAGGCUCGAAGAGAUUCAGGAGAGAAGCAGGCAGUGCUGAGCAUCAAGAGCAGUCCCAACGUGACAGAAAGAUGCAAGCAGUCAGAAAAAGGGAAAGCAGCAAACUUGACAGGUGAAGCAAAGGAUUGCACUCCAAAGCAGCAAACUAAACCUGAACAUUACAAAGGCUCUCGUUCAUCUCCACAAUCUGAUGGUAAAACUGCCAAAGAGUCAACAAAUAAGCCCUUGGCUUUAAACCCUAGCUCUAAGCUGGUGUCUCUGAAACAAAAAGCAGAGACUGCUGAAAAGGAAGCAGGAGCUCAGAGUUCAGCAUCUAAAGAAAAAGCUGCUUCGAGGAAAGAAGAGAAGACAACACCAAAGAAGGAGAAAAUUUCUCCCAAGAAGGCUGAGUCUGUAAGUCCUGAAGACUCUGAAAAGAAGCGAAGCAAUUACGAAGCCUACCGAAGCUUCCUUAACCGUGAGGGACCAAAAGCGUUGGGUUCCAAAGAGAUCCCUCAGGGAGCUGAAAACUGCUUGGAAGGCCUGACCUUCGUCAUUACAGGCGUUCUGGAGUGCAUUGAGAGAGAUGAGGCCAAGUCUCUGAUCGAGCGGUAUGGAGGAAAAGUAACAGGCAACGUCAGCAAGAAGACAAACUACCUGGUGAUGGGGCGAGACUGUGGCCAGGCUAAGUGUGAAAAGGCAUCUGCUUUAGGGACAAAAGUUAUCGAUGAGGAUGGGCUGUUUGAUCUUAUUCGAACUAUGCCAGGCAAGAAGUCCAAAUAUGAGCUGGCAGCUGAAACAGAGGCAAAGAAAGUAGAAUCAAGACCUAAAAGGACACCACAGAAAGCUCUAGCUGGAAAAAAGAAUUUGAGCCCUUUCAAAAGUGAAGCUGAUAAUAAAAAAUUGAAGUCUACUCCUGCAAAAGGAGAUGCUGUCAAAUCUGUCAAGAAAGAGACCACUGCUGUUCGAAAGCUGAUGGACUUUAAGUGGCAGGCUGGAGGGAAGGAAGAAGCCACCAAACCCAAGGAGAACUUGGUUUCUGAGAUGGAUGAAGAUGGCACAGAGAAACUGCUAUGGGUAGACAAAUACAAGCCUGUGUCUCUUAAGGCAAUAAUUGGACAGCAGGGCGAGCAAAGCUGUGCCAACAAACUACUCCGAUGGCUCAGGAAUUGGCACAGGAAUACCUCUGAAGAUGGACAAGCAAAGAGCAAUAAAACUGGAGGCAAAGAUGAUGGUACUGGUUUUAAAGCAGCAUUACUUUCUGGUCCGCCUGGAGUUGGCAAAACUACUACAGCUUCUUUGGUUUGUAAGGAGCUGGGGUACAGCUACGUGGAGCUGAAUGCCAGUGACACUCGCAGUAAGAGCAGCCUGAAGGAAGUAGUUGCUGAGUCGCUGAACAACACCAGCAUCAAAGACUUCUGCUCUGGCACAUCCUCAUCAGUUAGCGGGAAGCAUGUAUUGAUCAUGGAUGAAGUGGAUGGUAUGGCAGGCAAUGAAGACAGAGGAGGGAUUCAGGAGCUGAUUGGUUUGAUUAGGCACACAAAGAUACCCAUCAUCUGCAUGUGUAAUGAUCGAAACCAUCCUAAGAUGCGUUCCUUGGUCCACUACUGCUUUGAUCUUCGCUUCCAGAGGCCUCGUCUAGAGCAGAUCAAGGGGGCCAUGAUGUCUAUUGCUUUUAAAGAAGGCUUAAAGAUUCCACCACCUGCUAUGCAAGAGAUAAUCCUGGCAGCGAAUCAGGACAUCAGGCAGGUUUUACAUAACCUUAACAUGUGGUGUGCAAAAGAGAAAUCAUUGACUUAUGAUGAGGCUAAAACAGAUGCCAGCAGAGCCAAAAAGGAUAUCAGACUGGGACCUUUUGAUGUUGUCCGGAAGGUUUUUGCUGCAGGAGAGGAAACUUCUCAUAUGUCUCUCAUAGACAAGUCAGACCUCUUCUUCCAUGAUUAUUCCCUAGCACCUCUCUUUGUCCAGGAGAACUAUGUACAUGUGAAACCAGCUGCUGCUGGAGGAAACCUGAAGAAGCACUUGCUGCUCUUGAGCAGAGCAGCUGAUAGUAUAUGUGAUGGUGAUAUAGUGGACAGACAGAUUCGUAGCAAGCAAAACUGGAACCUUCUUCCAACACAGGCUAUUUAUGCAAGUGUUCUCCCGGGGGAGCUGAUGAGAGGUUACAUGUCCCAGUUUCCUGUCUUUCCCAGCUGGCUGGGGAAAUUUUCAUCUGCAGGCAAGCACGACCGAAUCAUUCAGGAACUGGCGAUGCACAUGAGCCUCAGAACCCACACCUGCAAGAGGACAGUGAACAUGGAGUACUUGCCAUACCUGCGGGAUGCACUUGUCCAGCCCUUGAAGGAGCUUGGAGCAGAUGGCAUACAAGAAGCCAUAACAUUCAUGGACUCUUACUGCUUGAUGAAAGAAGAUAUUGAAAACAUCAUGGAAAUAAGCACAUGGGGAGGCAGCCCCAGCCCUUUCUCCAAGUUGGAUCCCAAGGUCAAAGCAGCUUUCACACGUGCCUACAACAGAGAGGCCCACCUGACUCCUUAUUCCCUGAACUCUGUCAAGACAUCCAGGAGGCAGUCAGCAUCUGCCAUGGCCUUCGAACUGAGUGAAGACCUGAAUGUGGAAGACACCAAAUCUGAUGAGGAUGAGCAAGAUACUGUUGAAAGUGAUGCAAUGAUUAAGCAAAAGAAGGCAAAGCCUUCCAAGCCACCAAAAAGAGAGAAAACUGAAGAAAUAACAAAAAAAGAAGGGAAAAGGAAAGAGAAAACAAGACAUUAACCAGAAUAAAUUCUUGCUCUGGACACAGCUUUGCCGAUCUGACUUCUGGCAAGAACACGAGAUGGAUCCAGUGCUGGAGUCUGGAAGGUAGAACAAGUGCAUUGAAAUGCUCCUCUUACAGAGGUGACAUAGCUGCUGUACUCUCUGUGCCCUGCUGUACUUACUCUUAACCUGCUACAAGGUUACAAGCCCUGACUAUCUUUGUGCAACAAACAUGGGGUGCAUGAACAGGGUGCAAAUAGGAUGCUGAGUUACCGGGCAUUUAUGCAAAGUCUUCCUAGGACUUCACUCCUUUGGUUUUUUUAAUCAAUCCUCUGUUGUGUGGUGAACUCUUGUAAAUAGCAGGUGAUGCACACCCAACCCUAGCCUGCAUAUUUGUACAUUCUAGAAAUCAAGCAGUCUAUAAAGUGACAAUAAAACAUUUCAUAGGACUCUUGAAAUGUUUGUUGAGGUCACAGAAUGUUCUAUGUUCUAGUUUUCCUUCAUGAACAGGAGGUAUUAUGCUUUUCCUACAGCUUUUGUUUAGAGAUACAGAAGAGCAGUGAGGGAUUGAGCUCCAGACCUUGGAGCUUGUGUAAGUUGUUUUGAUCAAACCCAGAAAGAAAUACUUACGGUUAUUUCCUGUUGAACUUGUAUGAACAAGAAGUAUUUAAGCAUAGCAUUAGAGAACCCAGGGGGAGUGCUUUUAGCACUCAUGCUGAGUACCCCUUGGUUUGUCUUUGCUUGGUAAGAAUUAUCAACCCAUUUUAUUACUAUAAUAAAGUACAAAAUUUAUCAAAAGCUACAUAGUUACAGGCUCUUGCUAACCAGAAGCGAUGUGAUGGUGGUUAUUAAAUCCUAGUGGGGAAGAGAUGCGUAAUGCAGCCUGUCCUUGCUUCUUGCCAGACAACAGGUGAGCUCUGCAAACAGUGCAGGUCAGUCACUGAAACACAAAGAACAAGGUUUUCUCAGACCAGAAGCACAUGAAGAACAAAGGUUAUUGUGAUGUAGAUAAUUUGUAUAUUACUUUGGUUGAUAGCUAAGUGUUUACAUGAGAUGUCAGCAGCAGUAGAUCUGCCUUCAAAUGGCAAAGCUAACGAAGAACUUUAACUCAUUUUCAGUUACCAUUCAUUUAACAAGUCCAGUCUUGGAUGCUGGUGUGUGGGACAGGCAGAGCAGUGCUGUCACUGAAAGGGGAGUAUCUGAAGCCAAUGCUGUGGUGUCAUUCUUCUGAGUUAUUCUUGCAUGCUGUUAAACAGAGGCUAAGAUCAUGUAACCUGCAUUUUAGACCUGCCUUUUCCAGCAGCAUCUUUGUCACUCCCUACACUUAAACACUGGUUCGUGGCUCUCUAGAAGGAUUUGAUGACACACAGAUCAUCAGACUGUUGUCUGCACUGCUCAAACACAUCUUGUGUUCUGCAACAUGCUCCAAACCAGAACACACUGCAGGUGACAGUGCAACAUCGAGUGGAACAGGUUUAAAGCCUCACAACUGGAAUGAUUUAACAACCAAGUUAUUACAGUAGCAAAAACUGCUGUUGGCAUGUCUGAGGGCAGGACAGUGAUGCUGGUGUGACCAGGGCAGUAAGAUAACUCUUGAGCACUACAUUUCCUCUACUGGGAACAACUCCUGGUGUUCUCUAGUGAGCUCUGGUAAGUACCAGCCACAUACCUGCCGUUACUGGUCCCCAUCUUCUGUCCUGAGGUAGGGGGUGCAGUCAUGUAUUUUCUUAAGCUGAACAAUGUCAAUCUUCUCAGAGCACAUGGGACACACACUUUCAGUCUGUAACAUGCUGGUGUAAAAGAAUAACCAGGCAAAUAUAACCGUGUACAAAGGAGCCUGUGUGUAGUAGAAUGUGUAAUCUCUGCAGCUUUAUGGUCUCUGACACCUGAACUGCAUUCUCACACAGAUGCUCUGUGAGCAAGAGAUUGCUGCUCUAUCCAGUACUGGGUAUUCUCUUUGAUUUGCUGCUGUACUUGUGUUCCCCUCCUACCCCUGUUUUGUCUCUUCUUCAUGCAAGGAGCUGAGACCUUCCACCAGCCCUCUGACCCAUGUUCAUUCCUGUUCCUGCAGAUGUGUUUGCCCUUGAGCACAGCUUUUGAUCCACUUGGAAGUGAUGUUCUCUAAGCAUGUUAGAUGAAACUACCAAGUAAGGGAGCUCACUCUUGGCCAGCUCUUACAGGUUUUUGGUACCAAAUGUGCAGCUUUACUCCUAAAACGUGAACAAAUGAGAUGGUUCUGCAACAGAACAAAAGCCCAACUUACCUCUUGAACUCUGAGUAGAGGGCAGGAAAGUCACAGUGAGGGCAGACAGUCCAGUCCUCACGCACCAUGUGCCGACCCUGCAGGCAGAAGCCACAAGCCAUUAAUUGACACUUGCUAUGCUGGCACACUGGGCACAGCUGUAAUCCUGAUGGGAACAAGUAUCAGUAACUGAGCUCUAAAGAGCUUGAGGACCUAAAGCCUCACACCUAGAACAGUGCUGCUCUGUAAAUUCUUUAACCAGAAGAAGGAGCUCUGCAGUGUUCUCAUUACAACCUCUCUUAAAGGAAAACUGAGAAUGGAUAGAAUUGCAACUUGGAAAAUUCUUUGAGUUGGGGCUGUAGAUCUGUCUAGAGAUGUAAAAUCCACUGGGAUGGUUGGUGUUGGCAUGUGACAUUCAAAAACUGUCCCCAGAGCUCAUCAUAACCCCAGGAGGCUGCACUGGCUGCUGGUAAGUUUGUGAGCCUGGCACUGGCCUUCUCACACAGAAAUGAGCUCCUCUGUUUGCUGGGUCUGAGGACUUUGCUUUGCUAGAACCCAAAUUCUCACCUUUUUGAUACUGCAAAGAGAGCAGAAUCUUGAAUGGGAAACAGUCAUGGAAUUUGUACACUGCAUAGCUGCAACUCUGUACAUUGCAUUUGGCUCAUACAGCUGUACUGAAACUAUUUGGGCUCUUUUCUGUAUAAUAACACUUUUAAACUGUACUGCUCACCUUGCUCUGCUAAACCAAUAGACUAAAAACAGUAAGAGAAUUUUAAUGACUAUUUUCUUGGUAAAAAUUAAUUACCUAGUUUUAAUAAAGAAAUGUUAACUCUA